AUGCUACUUAUCCCGGCCAGCUGCUGGCUCCCCGCUAGCAGUGCAUGCAGCCGAUCGAUCGCCGUCUCUGAUGCAUGGGAACUGCGGAUGCAGGGCUGCGACGCGUCGAUCAUGAUCGUGAACUCGAACGGCGACGACGAGUGGCGGAACACCGCCAACCAGUCGCUCAAGCCGGAUGGGUUCCAGGCCAUUCUGAGCGCCAAGGCCGCCGUGGACAGCAACCAGCAGUGCCAAUACAAGGUGUCGUGCGCGGACAUCAUGGCCCUCGCCGCCAGAGAAGCCGUCUACCUGAGUGGCGGGCCGUACUACCAGGUGGAGCUCGGCCGGUUCGACGGCAGGGUGUCGACCAGGGACAGCGUCCGGCUGCCGGGUGUCAACUUCACCCUGGACCAGCUCAACGCCUUCUUCUCCGGCCUCGGCUUCUCCCAGGCUGAAACGAUCGCCCUCUUAGGUAAACGGCACCGCCUGCUGCUCAUCCAUCAUCUCACCGGCCUUGCAAUAGUUGUCAGGCUCACCCUGACGGCCUGA